AUGAAAAAUCGCAAGUUACUUCCUGAAGAAAGUUUGUUGAGGUAUCUGUGUAGCUUUUCAAUCAAGCCCGUUGAGUCUGAGUACUUUGUUGAAAAGAACUCUGAAACUAAAAUAGGAGUUGAACUUUUGGCCUCAUGUGAGAAUCAUGGUUUGAUGAAGUUUUUGAGUUUGAAAAAGGAUUAUGAUCCUGAGUUAGUUAAAGCAUUUUAUUGCAACUUGAAGACUAUUGAUGAUGGAUUAAAAUGUCACCUUAAUGAUAAGCUGAUUAAACUUUAUGUCAAUUCACAUUUUGUUAUACCUGCUGGAGAUGAUGAAGUUGACACCUCAAAUUCUCUAAAAUUCAAAAGCUUGAUUUUGUGUCAAUGA